CAAAUAUGCAGAAAUCGACGGGACAUUCAUCUCCUGGGCCAUGACUUUGCCAUUCCCGUCACUUCAUUGUCUCUAACAGAGCAUCUGCUACCAUGUUGGCACAACUGCUGCAAGAGCUAGACAUACGCAGCGUCCUCCACAGCGCGCUCAGAAUUAUUCUGCUAAUCAACUGCGCCAUAUUCAUCAUAAGAGGCAUCAGGCACAUCUACAUCACCCGCAGGUCACCAAAGCACUUGCGACGAGUAGGUAUCGAUGGCCUCAGCAACCUCGCCGACCAGUACGAUAUCAAGUACGACCAUGACGAAGAAGCCGCCGCGAAGAGUCCGAUUGUGGUCAAAGCACUCUACAUCCAUCCCAUAAAGUCCUGCGCCCCUAUCGAGCUAGAGCGGGCGCAGCUCACAAAGACAGGCUUUGCGUAUGACCGAUGUUUUGCGCUGGCGGUCGAAGUGAAGAAGGAUGAAUGGCAGUUUAUCAGUCAACGGACCAAACCUCAAAUGGCGCGGAUCCAGCAGGAGUUGUGGUUACCGGGGCCGAAUGGUAAGCGAGGCGAUAUACUCGUCGAAGCAGGUGGCUGUCUCACCGUGAGCUUCCCUGACCCGGAUCCUGCGCAUCCUCUCCAGCGCCUGAAAGCCAUGUUCGAGACAUGGUCAUUGUCUGCGCGGCCCGAGGUUCGCUUUACGGUACCUCUACUCCCAACGCCGGACCAUAUCAAUCAAAUGAAGAUCCAGAUGAGGCACUUUACGAUCCAUAGUCGCCAGGCUACGGGUCUUGAUCUGGGCAAGCUUCCCGAUGUCGCCGCAGCGAUACCCAAGCUGAAGCGCUUCCUCGGCCUCCCCGCGCGUCAGAAUCUGACCCUGACGAGGUGCACACCCGACACACUGGUCCGCACAACCAGAAAUCUAGCUCCACUGGAGCACAUCGGCACUCCCGCCAUGCAUGGCUACACCGAUCAACAGCCUGUCCACAUCAUCAACUUGUCGUCCGUGCAUACGGUGUCAAAGCUUCUUCCACCGGAGAACCAGCCUCUCAGCGCCCUCCGCUUCCGCGCAAACAUAUAUCUGACUGGAGCGCCUGCAUUCUCGGAAGAAACGUGGAAGAGGUACCGGAUCUUGCCCAAGACUGCGAGCUCUGGAAUGCCUACGAAGGUACCAAGCGCCUUGUCGGUGGUGUGCCGGACGUCACGCUGCACCAUGCCCAACGUCAAUCCAGACACGGGGACCUUUGAACACGACAAUUCACGUCCGGAUCGAAAGAAAGGAGUUCCGCAGCCCAGUACGACUUUGAUCGAACACCGCACAGUCGAAGACGGGAACCCUGCCGCACUGGGGUACCUGGGAAUGCAUUGCGUGCCUGAGGAUUCCAGCCUCAGAGAGGCGCGUCAUCACAACGGUGAGCUUUAUGUCGAGGUUGGCGACGAGAUUGAGGUCCUGGAAACGGGGUCUCAUCUUUAUGGCUCUACGGGGAAUGACUACUAGAGUACCAAGAGCUGAACAUUCCAUACAUGGUAUUAAGCACUAGGACCCAGAUCACAAGGAGUUUGAGGUAGUGGUUGUAAAGGCAGGGGAUCUGUCGGUCUCCCUGACAGCGAUCUAAAUCAUGCGCCCAGGUAAGCGCGAGGAGAGCCAAUAUCUAGCGGGCCGAUAGACCCUCACGGGAUGCCGCUUAUGGAGUGCUCAGCGAG